UGUCAUAACCCGAAAAGACACCCCGUCAGAAACGUGCCCUUGCCCUGUGGCCGCGCCGUGUACAAUAUACAUAACCCAACGGCACCUGCUCCAUUCAAGGCCACUGGUUCCGGAGCAAAUCCCGCACGACUGUGGUUGGAUCCACAAGAGGCUUGCUGUGAUUUUGCGUCGCACCUCGUGGACAUUUUACCUCGCCUUCCCUACCCGUCUUAGCCAGCCAGACGCUGCUUCAACAUCCAACAUAUUUUGGAAUCCCGACUCCUGGUUGACCUCUACCGAGAUUUUGUAGUCAGUAUCCUCAGUCCCGGACCUUUGGCCGGCCGCUCGACCGCCUUUUGAAACCAGAUGGGAGGCGCACCACCCGAAGCUGGCAACUCGAGGGAGACUGUAGUACAAGACGGCGCACCCAGCGCCUUUCAAGGGCAGAGCCCUGCACCCCAGCCACCCUAUCCUCCAGGACAAAUCGCGACGAACAACUGGUCGGUCCACCAACACUUUCCACAGCAAUAUUACGACGACCCCCGGUAUAGCGUCUCGUCCCGGCGCGACAUGGCGAAGCCUCACGGGCCUCCCCAAGGAGGGCCAUACGACAUGAGUUCCAUGGCGAAUGCUCUGCCCCAACCUAGCUAUAGAGCUGAGCAAUACCUUCAAGGACAGCAGCGGUUCAACCAUCCUGUAGGACCGUCUCCCGCCAUACCGAACCAGCUACCCGUCCAGCAGCCGUUUGAGAACCACCAGUACUAUCUCCAACAGCAUCCACACAUGGCACAGUAUUACCCAGCUCCGCUUUCGCCAUCUCAGACAUACGCGAAUAUGUCCCGGCCGACCAUGGGUUUCUAUCACAACCCCGUCAUCAUGAAUCAGCCGGGUCAGGGACCGCCUUCCACUCCAUACUACUAUGAUCAAGCGGGACAUUACCCAGCACAAGCUCAGGCGCUCACAGGGCAGGUCUUUGCCGCACAAUAUCUGCCGUCAGGCACUCCGCAGUCGGACCCUAGGUUGUCGAAAUCCCUACAUUUCAACCAGACUGGUACCUCGACUCCAUCGCAAGACCGCGCAUCAUCUUCCGAUUCUCGUCCGAGUGUUGUCCGAGGACCCCCUCGAAAGCCCAAACAAAGUGGCCACGCUAUCUGGGUUGGAAACCUUCCUCCCCAGACCGAUCUGAUGAGUCUGGUACAUCACGUGUGCAAGGAAACGAAGGGACUAGAAUCACUAUUUCUCAUUUCGAAGAGUAAUUGUGCGUUUGCCAAUUUCAAGGACGAACAGAGCUGCGCCGCAGCCCAGCAGAAGCUUCACGAUUCGAGAUUCCAGACAGUACGGCUCGUCAGUCGGUUGCGGAAGAACACAGUCGAAGGUGCAGCCGGUACCAGCGCCCCGACCGGCCCCGCGGCCUCGACAUCGCAGCCGGGGAGCCAGCCAGAUGCGGCUUCUCCAGGGGGGGGUUCCGAGUCCGAUAGAGCCACCCCGAUGCUGGGCCCAGUCAGCGAAGGCAAAACCGCCCCGUCGGUCGACGGGCCGGGAUCGCAGAAGGACAGGUUCUUUGUCCUGAAGAGCCUGACUGUCGAGGACUUGGAGUUGAGCGUGCGGACGGGGAUCUGGGCGACUCAGUCCCACAACGAGGAUAAUCUUAAUAAGGCUUUCGAGUCCGUAGACAAUGUUUACCUUAUCUUCUCCGCCAACAAGUCCGGAGAGUAUUUCGGCUAUGCACGAAUGGUCUCCCCGAUUGACAACGAUCCGACGGCCGCGAUCGAGUUCGCCCCCAAGGCCCAGUCUGCCACCGACCCCGACCUCCCCAAGGCCAUCCCCACCGAAGCUACCGAGUUUGCGCCCAAGGGACGCAUCAUCGACGACUCUGCACGGGGCACAAUAUUCUGGGAGGCAGAGAGAGACGACAGUGGUCUGGAAAGCGUGGGGGGGCAAUGUGACGGAGAGGAAUCGGGGUCAGGAGCGGGCUCGGUCGUGGAGGAUGAGAGCGGCGUGCCAGGCGGAGCUGACGGCGCAGAAGGAGAGAACAAGGCGUGGGGAAAGCCUUUCAAGCUCGAGUGGCUUUCCACGACGAGGUUGCCCUUCUACCGGACGCGGGGGCUGAGAAACCCCUGGAACUCCAACAGGGAGGUCAAGAUCGCGAGGGACGGUACCGAGCUGGAGCCCUCGGUCGGUCGGCGCCUGAUCGGGCUGUUCAACAAGUCGCAGAGCCCGGCGCCGGGCGUUCUGUCGGGCGUUUCCGGGGGUUUAAGGGGCGCUGUAACCAUGAUGACCGGAUACCCGCCGAUGCGACCUCAUUACCAAAUGUGAAGCAAGGACCAGAGGCAGCAAUUGAGGUUUGCCCUUCAAUAUAUUGUUUCUAUGAUGAGGCACAAGUGGUGGAAUCAUUUUAUUUUAUUUUUAUUUUAUAUUUUCAUAUUUUUCUUUUGGUGGUUGGGGGGCUUUGUUUUUUGGUCAGUU